UCGAUCUUCCCAUGGAUUAUAGUGUACUAGUAGGGGAGCAGUACAAUAAAGACGGUAACUCAGAGUCCGUCAGUCAAUAGAAGAUAGUCCCCGCGUUCAGAUCUCUCUCUCUCUCUCUCCCCCUCUGUCUGUUUGGUGAGUUUAUAACGUCUACGAUAGGUGUGCUGAGUGUUUGUGUGGGAAACCCAUUGGAUUCGGAAGUGGUACUUUCUAAUAAAGUGGUGGGCAAACAAUGUCCGAUUGAAACUGUUUCAUUGUUGUGUUGGUGUUCGUGAUAAAAUGACAAACCGGCGAAUGAUUGAGGCCGUGUCGAUACUUGUUAUCUUGGGGAGUGGUAUCAAGUGUGAGGAUUCAUCCGACAAAACUACAACUUUAUACUUGACGGAGAAAGACUUGGAUCCCGAAACUCGGCGAGUGCUAAUUGACAACUAUAUCAACGAAUAUUUCUCCGAAUACCAAUAUGACGUCUCCUCGUUACUUCCGGCAGUGAAAUUUGUAAUGGAUUCCAAGAGUGUCCUCUUCGAGAAUGCGCAUGAAGACAGUGAUUCUACAUCACUGAAGAACAGGUUGAAAUCGCUCCAUGGAGAUCAUCUUCAAAUUGUGGAUGUGCGAAAGCAAUACCAGAACAUAAGCAAUUUGGAUGGUCAACUGGGCACCAUUCUCAAUUUGGAGUCAGAAAUAGAGGAGGCGUUUCGCUUGAGAAAAGACUCUAGUUUGAAACCCAUUGUGCAGAGACUCAAAUUGGUCUUGAGCAACGUCUUCUCCGUGCCAAGAAGUCAUACUACCGCUCAAAUUUACAGAGAUUUGGUGGCCGAUUACAUUUCCAGGAGCUUCAUAUUGCAGGGACUUCUCACUGGCGUCCAAUCGUUUCAACCAGUUCAGUUCCAUGAUAUGUUCUUUAAAAAUACCAAGGGAGGGGUACCUACAGGAACAAAUAUUGUUGGCAUAUAUCCCGGAUCAAACUAUGGCACUCCAGAGGACAAGAUCUUGAUCUUGGGGGCACACUGGGACACAGUACCAAACUCGGAUGGCUACAACGACAACGGUUCAGGUGUGGUGGCAGUGUUAGAGGUGGCCAAGUUAUUGAGUGCGGCCAAAUGUAAACUUACGCACUCGAUAAUGUUCGUGACGUUUGACUUGGAAGAAGUAGGGAGUCAGGGUAGUCUAGAAUUCGUGCAGAGGCUCUUGUUGCCUCAUAUGAUUAAGUAUCGGCAGAAUUCCAACUCGGGGGCCAUCAUCAUGGACACAAUGUUGAACUAUAAUUCGUCUUUAAAUAGUCAAUUGCUGCCUUACCCGGAUUUAUUACCCAGGGUCAAAUCAUAUUUGGACAGCAAGAAUUACACAGGUGACUAUCUCACUGCUUAUAACCGAAGAAGCUUUGAUGACGUUCUGUUGAAGAAAUUUGAACGUUACUGGAACCGCCAAAAAACAUCGAAGGUGUUCCACUUUGUCCCCAGCGACCUGAAAUUCAGUCAGAAAGUUCCCAAACGAGAAGAGAUUGUUGAGUUUGUCAAUUUCCUGAGAAGUGACCACAGCCGCUUUUGGUUUCCAGCCACAGACGCUUAUUCAACCAUCAAGUCCUUUGAUGCCAUUCUCCUGACCGACACAGGUCCUGACCGAGGACAAAUGCAGGAAUGCUACCAUAACCCAUGUGAUUCGGUUAGAAAUGGCUUCAGGGCCCGAUUUGCUAACUAUGAUUUUUACGCACACACCAUACAAGCCGUCUUGGACACCGCGUUGGACAUCACUCAAGGCACUUGUCCCCUCCGAACACCCAAAUCCGGAUUCUCUGCCACAGGGAAGGCCACUCAAAUAUCUGUUGAAUGUCAUUUUUUCAGUCUCAUCUUGACCGUCAAGACCAUAAUGGCCCUUUAUAUCUGA